AUGGGGAUUAUUCUUGAUUCUUUGUUUUUGGUCUCAUUGGUUGCUCAUAGUGGACACAACAUGGGAUUUGAUGUUAUAACCCAAAGACAAAACACCGAUGAACUCUUAGUUUGUCUUAGUGUGGAUGACAGAAAGAAGGUGAAGGAGAAAAGAGGGUCUUGGAACAAGAAACAAGAUAACAAAACAUGUAUGGCUUCAUCCAGCAGUUCUACAAACAAUGGUGCAACUAUUGUUGACGCAUUAAUCGGUUCUAACGGUGAUGACGGACAUGAACGCAUCGAUGAGUCAACUGAUGCUAACAAUUCAAGUUAUGGCAGUCAUAAUGUCCGUCCAUUACGUCUGUAUGACGUUGAUCAAUUAGGAGAUAUAACAAGCCAUGUAUACAUAAGAACUGAUGGAAUAAAGUUCUGGAAACCUUUGGUGUCUCCUAAAUAUACACCUACCUUCGGAAUGGUUUUUGACACAUGGAGCGACGCUGAGAAUAUGUACAAGUCUUAUGCUGAGAGGUCUGGGUUUUCUGUACGUUUGGGUGCCUUGAAGAGAAAUGGAACUGUUGUUACACAUAGGUAUAUGCAAUGUACCAGAUCCAGUAAACCUAAGCAAACACAAAUUGAAUCGAUGGACCCCAGUGCUUUUAAAGUAUCUCGAAGUAGCAGCUACAAAGUUACUGACUGCAGGGCGCGACUAAAGCUUAAAGCUAUCUCAGGCACUACAAAAUUUUUCGUUUAUGGUUUUAUUGAAGCUCAUAAUCAUGGAUUGGUCGACAAGGACAAUCUAGACUUUACCAGAAAAAGGAGGAAACUUAGUUAUGACGACCAGAGGUUCAUUCACAAACUAAGCUUGAACAAAUUUGGCCCUAAUGUCGCGCAUAAGAUUCGAGCUUCGUUAAAGGGUGGGCACCAUAAUGUACAAGGAACUGUAGUAGAAUUCAAAAAUUUCACUAGAGAUCUACGGUCUUUUAUCGGCAAGAAGGAUGCACAAAUGGUUGUUGAUACGUUAAAAGCUCGUAUGAUAAAUCUGCCAAAUUUCUUUUUUGAAUGUGUAGUGGUUGACGGUGAGCUAAGAUCAUUGUUCUGGGCUGAUGACGUAUCCAAGUGCAAUUACGAAGCCUUCGGAGAUGUGUUAGGUUUUGAUGCAACAUAUCAUACGAAUCAGUAUAACAUGAUAUUUGUUCCGUUGACCGGUGUCGAUCACCAUAAAAAGUGUGUCACCUUUGGUGCUGGGCUAUUAUACGAUGAAACAAUUGGUUCUUACACGUGGUUGCUUACCACAUUCCUUAAAGCUCAUAACAAUAAGCAACCAAUGUUGGUGUUGACCGAUCAGGAUGCUGCGAUGAAACAAGCAGUUUCUGGUGUAUUCAAUAAAUCUAUUCACCGGCUGUGUGAUGUAUUGGAAAAUAUAGACUUGAGAGCUGCUAUACAUAAGCUGGUUUGGAAUUUGUUUAUCACACCUGAAGAAUUUGAAGAAAGAUGGAAUUUGCUUAUGGAAGGGUUACACUUGAAAGAAAAUAAUUGGCUGAACGAGAUGUAUGAGAUUAGGGAUCAAUGGGUUCCAUGCUAUUUUAGGGAUGUGCACAUGUGUUGUCUAAUGAAAACCACCUCGAGGUGUGAGAGUUCGAAUUCCCUGUUUAAAACAAAUUCUAGUGGAACAAACACGCUCGUGCAAUUCUUGAUGUGUUUCGACACAGCAAUUGAUGGGCAACGGUACACUCAACGCAGAAUGGAGUUCGAAAGUAACACAAUAGCACCAUCAAUGCCGAAGAACGUGCCUAUCGAAAGACAUGCCUCGGAGUUAUAUACACAUACGCUGUUUUUGGAGGUGCAAAAAGAGAUAUACAGAGGCAUGACAUUCUGCUAUAUUGCUUCAAAAACCCCAGAACUUGACGGGGUAAAAAUUUAUACCAUUGUUCAUACUAACAGACAGUACAAAGAUAUUAAUGAAUUUGAGGUCAGUUUUGAUACACGUGAUAGAUCGGUUUCAUGUUCGUGUAUGGGUUAUACGCGCCUUGGCUAUUUGUGUAGGCAUGCCUUUUGUGUGUAUAGAUACAACCAGGUUGAUGAAAUUCCCGUUCAGUAUCAACCUGGUAGAUGGAAACGAGACAUAUUGCCAAGGAGGGUUUUUAGCAUGUCGAACAGGAACCGUGUGUUUCGCGAAUUCCUGACCGAACCGGCGUGUAACAAGACAUCAGCUGUGAUCAGUGACCUUCUCAAACAGCCUGAAGAUAUGGAAGUCUCGAUAAAUCCGCCACAAGGCAUCCGGAACAAAGGGUGCGGUACCAACCAUCGACUCAUUGGUCCCGGGGAAAAGGCUGUUGUUAAUAGUGCUAAAACUACCAGGCUGUGUGGAAAAUGCAAGAAAUACGUUAAUGAUCAUGACUCGCGUAAUUGUGAAAAAGUUCGGGCUGCCAAAGAAGCCGCGACUGCUGUUGCAAAAGCUGUUAAAGCUGGUAAUGUUGCUGUUCCAGAAGAUUCAUGUCACGUUGGUGUCGUUGAUUUGUCUAACGGUGAUACAUCUGUUGGACCAUCGUCUCGCAUUUGUACUCGGGCCACUAGAAGAUCCACUAGAAGAUCUACCAUACGUUCGUCCGACCCGCUUGAAGAGUGA